AUGAAGCCAACACAUUAACAUUGAUCUUUUAUAAGAAAUAUAAAUUCUUAUUGUAAAAAGAACAUGAAAAGAGCAAUACAGACUCUAAUUUUCUCUGCUGCAUUGCCAGCUCUUGCAGCAUCUGCAUCUAAUUUGGAAAACAAUAAUUUGGACUCCCAAUCUGGAAGACAAAAUACGAAUGCACCAAAUUUCGUUCGUCUUGUGAUUAUGCGAUUGAUAUAUGGCAUUGCAUCUACAAUGGGUCUUGAGGAUCGCCUGGAAGACACAUUUAAUGGAGCAUUUAUACCGCCCAGUGCUGAUAAUCUAUUCGAUAUAGGAGGAGGAGAUGGUGAUGGAGAUGGUGAAGGAUUACUUAGCAACAUUUUUGAUGGCGAUGAUUAUCUAUAG